AGGCUCAACCAACUGAGACACUGAGGAAGCUUUCACUAUCUACAAAGUGCAUUGAAAAAAUUGCCAACCUCAAUGGCUUAAAAAACUUGAGGAUAUUGUCUUUAGGAAGAAACAACAUAAAGAACUUAAAUGGACUGCUACUUUCUUCCGACCAGACACUAGUGGAUUUGCACAAACACUAGGAGACCUCACGCAGCGGCAGAGAGUGUCCCACGUGCGUCCAACAUGCGGGGCGCAAAGGUUCCAACUGCAACUGCUUCCCAGGUAGGUGGAGAGAAGCCUGGAUGAACACGUGACUGAACUCUGCGCUCUCUGAAGCCUGCAGUCCUCAGUUCAGCAGAAAUCAGGAUGCCUGCGACCUGGAGCCUGGAGCCCGCGGGCCGCUGCAGCUGGGACGAGCCCGUGCGCAUCACCGUGCGCGGCCUGGCCCCGCGACAGCCCGUCACGCUGCGCGCGUCCCUGCGCGACGAGAGGGGCGCGCUCUUCCGGGCCCACGCGCGGUACGAAGCCGACGCCGGCGGCCUCCUGGACCUGACGCGCGCGCCCGCGCUGGGCGGCAGCUUUGUGGGGCUCGAGCCAAUGGGGCUGUUCUGGGCCCUGGAGGCCGAGAAGCCCCUGGUGCGGCUCGUGAAGCGGGACGUGCAGACGCCCUUCGCCGUGGAGCUGGAGGUGCUCGACGGCCACGAGCCCGACGCGGGUCGUGUCCUGGGCCGGGCGGUGCACGAGCGCGAGUUCCUGCGGCCGGGCGUGCGGCGGGAGCCGGUGCGCGCGGGCGAGUUGCGCGCCACGCUCUUCCUGCCCCCAGGUGCAGGACCCUUCCCUGGGAUCAUCGAUCUGUUUGGAACUGGUGGUGGCCUUUGUGAAUAUAGGGCCAGCCUCCUGGCUGGACAUGGUUUUGCUGUGCUUGCUUUGGCUUACUUCAGAUUUGAAGACCUCCCUGAAAAUUUGGAAGAUAUGCACCUGGAGUACUUUGAAGAAGCUGUGAACUUCAUGCUGCAGCAUCCACAGGUGAAAGGCCCGAAUGUUGGGCUUCUUGGCUUCUCCAAAGGAGGUGACCUGUGUCUCUCAAUGGCCUCUUUCUUGAAGGGCAUCACAGCCACGGUCCUUAUCAAUUCCUGUGUGGCCAACACAAUAGCUUCUCUGCAUUACAAGCAUAUGACUAUUCCCAGUCUUGGCAGUGACCCAGGGAGAUGUACAAUUAAUGAGCUGGGACAUUUGUGUUUUAUGGAUGUUUGGGACAACCCACUGGAGGAACCCAAUCACCCAAGUAUUAUUCCAGUGGAAAGGGCCCAGGGGCCCUUCCUGUUCAUUGUUGGCAUGGAUGAUCAAGACUGGAAGAGUCCCGUCUAUGCUCAGAUAGCCUCUGAACGGUUACAAGCCCAUGGGAAAGACAGACCCCAGAUAAUAUGCUACCCAGGAACUGGUCAUUGUAUUGAUCCCCCUUACUUUCCUCCUUGCAGAGCUUCUGUACAUACAGUGUUAGGCCAAGCAAUAGUCCAUGGAGGUGAGCCAAAGGCUCAGUCAAGGGCUCAGGUAGAUGCCUGGCAGCAAAUUCAGACUUUCUUCCAUAAACAUCUCAGUGGUAAAAAAUUUGUCCAGUCCAGCAAAAUAUAACAUUGUAGUAAUCGUAGACCAGAUACUAUGAAUAAAAAUCUAAUUCAUAGGGG